UUACCGACCAAUAUUUCAUGCAACCAUUUUCAAAGUUUAGCUCACCCACUACUCUAUAAUUAAGUGUUAUGAUUGUCCAUAACUCUCGGCUCCUUUUAAGUUUUAAUUCAUCCACUUUUUUGACAUUCAAAAGGACUAGCUAAACCUUUUUUUUACAUCAAUACCACUGGCCACUUUAGCUUAAGCUUGAUUCCAUGGCUUCUUCUUCUUGGAUUUUGCUCUGCUUAUGUCUAGCCAGUUUUGGCGCUUGCAUGGUUGCUAGUCACAUUAGUUUGGGUUCGAGACUGUUGGCUAGUGAGGACCAAACAUGGGUUUCGGAUAAUGGCACGUUUGCUUUUGGGUUCACCCCAGCGGAAGUACGUGAUCAGUUUGAACUGGCUAUUUGGUUUGCGGAGCUUCCUGGAGAUCGAACACUAGUGUGGUCAGCAAACAGAAACUUUCCAGUCACCAACAACGCAAUCUUGGAGCUCGACACCACCGGAAAUCUUGUCCUCAUUGAUGGCGACACCACUGUCUGGAUGUCCAACACUUCCGGUGCAAGUGUAGAAUAUGCAAUCAUGUCAGAGUCUGGCAACUUCAUCCUCUAUAGCACGCCCAACUACACUGUAUGGCAGAGUUUUUCACACCCAACUGACACUCUACUCCCAAAUCAACCUCUCACAGUCUCAUUAGGGCUAACAACAUCUAACUCAGCUUCACAAGGUGGCUAUUACACUCUCAAAAUGCUUCAACAACCCAAUUCACUAAUCCUCGCUUUAACAUACAAUUUGCCUAAAACUUAUAACAACUUGCCAGAAUCUUUCACCAAUUAUUCCUACUGGCAAGCACCUGAUAUAUCAAAUGUGACUGGGGAUGUUGUAGCAGUCUUAGAUAAUGCUGGAAGCUUUGGAAUUGUUUAUGGGGAAUUCUCGGAUGGUGCUGUGUAUGUGUACAAGAAUGAUAACGAUAUAGGUGGAUUGUCAGCAACCUCAAAUAUGACAACAAGGUCAGAAGUUCUUCGAAGAUUGUCACUCGAGACCAAUGGAAAUAUACGUUUGUAUAGAUGGGAUGAUGUAAAUGGCUUGCCCCAAUGGGUGCCAGAAUGGGCUGCAGUUUCGAAUCCAUGUGAUAUUGCUGGAAUUUGUGGCAAUGGUGUAUGUAAUUUGGAUAGAAGCGAGACCAAUGCUUCUUGUACAUGUUUACCGGGUACUUCUAUGGUAGAAGGUCGUAGUCAGUGCUUGGAAAACUCAUCGUUGAUUGGUAAAUGUGAUUCACAGCAUAAAUAUUCAACAUCCGAGUGGAUUUCAACGGUGCAGCAAACCAAUUACUAUUAUUCUUAUUUUUCUGUAAUAGCAAAUUAUAGUGAUAUUGCCACUGUGUCAAAGUGUGGGGAUGCUUGUUUAUCGGAUUGUGAGUGUGUUGCUUCUGUUUAUGGGCUUGAUGAUGGGACGCCUUAUUGUUGGGUGUUGAGGAGCUUGGACUUUGGUGGGUUUGAGGACGCUGACUCAACUCUCUUUGUGAAGGUUAGGUUUAAUGGUUCAAACACACCAGAAGGCAAUUCUGGGGGUUCUUCGGAAGGGUCCAAGAAUGCAAGAGAGAAGGUCUUGGUUAUUCCAAUUGUUCUCAGCAUGACAGUGCUCAUUGGGCUGCUUUGUUUGUUAUUAUACUAUAACAUUCAUAGAAGAAGAGCUUUAAAGAGAGCCUUGGAGAGCUCCUUGAUCUUAUCAGGUGCUCCAUUGAAUUUUAGCUACCGUGAGUUACAAACCCGGACAUGGAAUUUUAGCCAGUUGAUUGGAACAGGAGGAUUUGGGAAUGUAUAUAAGGGAAGCCUAGCAGAUGGGACUUUGGUUGCAGUGAAGAAACUAGAUAGGGUGUUGCCUCAUGGAGAGAAGGAAUUUAUAACUGAGGUGAACACUAUUGGCUCCAUGCAUCACAUGAACUUGGUUCGACUCUGUGGAUACUGCUCUGAGGGGUCACAACGGCUUCUAGUUUAUGAGUUCAUGAAAAAUGGGUCCUUGGACAAAUGGAUCUUUCCUUCAUAUAAUUGCAGAGACAGGCUACUAGAUUGGCCAACUCGCUUCCAUAUAGCUGUGGCUACUGCACAAGGAAUUGCAUAUUUCCAUGAGCAGUGCAGAAAUCGAAUAAUACAUUGUGACAUAAAGCCCGAAAAUAUUUUGUUAGAUGAGAAUUUCUGUCCUAAAGUAUCUGAUUUUGGACUAGCUAAGUUAAUGGGAAGAGAGCACUCACACGUCGUCACUAUGGUCAGAGGAACUAGAGGCUAUUUAGCUCCAGAGUGGGUUAGUAACCGCCCUAUAACUGUAAAGGCUGAUGUUUAUAGCUAUGGAAUGCUUCUUUUAGAGAUUAUUGGGGGAAGGAGAAAUCUUGACACAUCUAUAAAUGCUGAGGACUUCUUCUUCCCUGGAUGGGCUUUUAAGGAGAUGACCAAUGGGACACCAAUAAAAGUUGUAGAUAGGCGACUACAAGGGGCAGCAGAAGAAGAGGAACUCGUGCGAGCUCUGAAAGUUGCAUUCUGGUGCAUACAGGAUGAGGUAUUCACGAGACCUUCAAUGGGGGAUGUGGUGAAGAUGUUGGAAGGAUCAAUUGAUCACAUCAACAUGCCACCAAUGCCACAGACGGUUCUGGAGUUGAUUGAGGAAGGCCUAGAUCAAGUAUACAAAGCAAUGAACACAGAGUUCAAUCAGUUCAGCUCCUUCACGAUCAAUAGCACAAUCCAUAGCCAUCGUUCAUCUCAAGCUACAUGUAGCCAUUCCACAAUGUCACCUAGAUAGUAAAGGUAACACAAAACAGAUUUUUGUUCAGACCAUGAAACUGGUACCAUGGAUUGGCAAAUAGCUAAAAGCUCCUCAAUAUUGUGUUGUGCAUACAUCAAUUUGAUCAAAUAUUUGUAAACAUUUUUGUUGCACAGUUCAUGUAAAAAUGAGAUCAUAUAUAAACAAGUAGGCGACAGUUUAAAGUGAUUCUAUACUCUAUAUUUGUACUACAUCAAAUUAUAAAACCAAAGUACACAAGCAUCAGUUCAAUGACCAAUACAGCAAGGAAGUACAGGAAUUUAUUAGGAAGUAAUUUAGACAUGGAAGAGCUUAAGCCAGUUAGAUCAUCAAAAUACUUUGACCACAGCAUCACUCCUCCAUAUUUAGCCAAGUUCUUAAUGGCAGGAAGAACUUCCGAUGUGAGGUCAGCUGGUCCUGCUGGAAUGAAAGCCACUUCCAGAUGCCUGAGGUGCAGCAGGCAGUCCUUAAAAGAUGUAGUCCACUGCUUCCAAGCAUCUUCAAGUUUUAGCCAAAUUGCCUGGACUGUACUGACAUGGUGGGUUGUAAAAUUGAACCCAAACAUAAUCUUCCCAGUCAGUCAAGUACACCUUACCAUGCUUGCUAUAUUGUAAAAUAGUGGAACCUCAAAUUACCAAAAUUGAUUGUAAAAAUAUUCUAGGCUUGAGAAAAAUCUCCAAACAAGUAAUAUGAGCGAAGAAAAUGGAGGUGGAUGUAGAAUCGAACAACAAUGAGCAUUGUGGAAAUCCAAGAAGGACUUGCUAAAGUGAAUUUAACCAGGGAAACCAAGCUUCGAAUCAGAAAGCCUCGGUCAAAAGCUUUUAUCGUCAAGCUUUAUGGUAGGUCUGCGGCAUUCAACUAUCUACAGAAUAAGCUCAACCAACUCUGGAAGCCAACCGGUAGAUAAGACUGCAUAGACCUGGGAAAUGGGUUCUUCCUGGUACACUUCAAUACCAAAGAUGAUCUCGACGCUAUGCUUAAGAAAGGCCCAUGGUUUAUAGGGGACCACUUCCUUUCUAUCAGGCCAUGGGAGCCGUUCUUCAAGCCCUAAAUGACAAAUGUCUCUUUAAUCGUAGUUUGGGUUAGGCUUAAUGAGUUGCCCAUUGAACUGUACAAAGCGAGAGUCUUUAGACAGAUUAAGGAGUCCAUUGGGAGGGUGUUGAGGAUUGAUACUCACACAACUAUGGAAGCCCGAGGUAAGUACGCUAGACUCUGUAUUCAGAUUGAUAUCAAUAAGCCCCUAGUUAACACCAUCCUCAUUGGAAACUUUGAACAAGUGGUGAUUUACGAAGGUAUUUAGAAGCUUUGCUUCUCUUGUGGCCGAGUGGGGCAUCAAAAGGAAGCUUUCCCUUUCACCA